AUGGUGUAUGCUCUUCUCAACGCCCCGCAGAUCCAGCAAAUGGCCGACAAGAACCAUCCCAACAUCGUGCGGCUGCUUGGGUUUGCUGUGGGAGGCGACAUGAGGACACGGCCAGAGCAGGUUCUCAUCUACGAGUUUGUACCCAACGGCGACCUCGAGAAGUGGCUGGAUCCAACAAAGUCACCAUUCUCACUGACUCUGCCACAAUGGCUGGGCAUCCUCAUUGGGGCGGCGCGUGGCUUGGAGUAUCUCCACAGCUUUGGCUUCGUGCAUCGCGACAUCAAACCCGCCAACAUCCUCGUCAGCGCCGACAUGCAGGCGAAGAUUGCGGAUUUUGGAUUGGUGAGGGUGGGAGAGGGCACGACAGUGGGUUCUACCCGAGUGAUGGGCACACCUGGCUAUGUGGACCCUGUUUACACGAGGACAAAUAAGGCAACCACGGCCACUGAUGUUUACAGGUACUUGCGGGAGAAUUAG